UUUACCCUAAAACAUGGUCAAAAUCGAUUUUUUAAAAGUUUACUUUGCACCCUCCAAGCCAUUUUUUCUAAGAACUAGGAGAACCGGUCCAGCUAAUUACAUAAAGAUAAACCUAGUACCCCUACCCAAACGUGCCGAGUGCUCAGUCGGAAGUUACCGUUCGCCUACAGUGUACGUGUGAUUGUUCGAUGCGCUCUGAUUUCAUUACUUUGAAAUAUAUAUUUUUUUCGAAAUUAUACAAUUUUGUGCUGUUUUUUACCAUGGAUUCUGAACAACCAGCUUCUUCUGGAUUGAAGGUUAUGACUAGAAAUGAAUUAUUUAAUAUAAUGGAACGCUCUGGCGCCUCAACUUUUAAUGAAAAAAUAUUAAUAAUGGAGCAAGAAGUGCUUAAUCAAUAUGAAGGCAAUGAUCAAAAUAUUGCUGAAAUCAAACAAAAGUUGUCAAUUAUAAGACAUCAAUUCAAACAGCGAUGGUCAGCCGCUCAUAAUACAAAGGCCAGGUUCCUAGAACGCAACAAAGACUGGCUACAAGGAAGCAUAUCGCUGCCGAAAACAGGAGUUAGUCCCGGCAGACCUCAAAAGUCAUUUUCAGACUUGAGUGAAAGAAGUAAAAGACGUAAAACUGAAGAACUAAGAGGUGCUGGCACAGAUGAGCUGACAUAUGCCACACAAAUGAAGUUACGAGAGACUGGAAAAGUGGACGCUUCGAAAAUUGUCAAGGAUUUAACGAAAAGUCCUACAAGAGCGAGGAAAUAUGCAGUUGCAAUAAAAAAAAAGACAUCUGAAACAAAUGAGGAAUCACGAGAAGAUAAACAUUUACGUGCGUUAUUCAUGUAUACUGAAGCGGGACUUACUCAAACCCAGUAUGAAAUAGUGCGAGAUAGCAAUCCUAGUUUCUAUCCAUGUUAUUCUAUUCUACAAAAGCUUAAGAAAGAGUGCUAUCCGGAUAUUCAUCGUAUCACUGAAACAUGCGCCGAAGUAACAGUGCAAAGUCUUAUGGAUCACACAGCACAACGACUUCUCAUGCAUCUUGGAGAGGCUGAUUUAAAUCAGCAGCUAAAUUCAGCCGAAAAACAGUCCUUAGUGCUUAUAAGCAAAUGGGGCUACGAUGGAUCCCAGCAGAUGCAAUUUAAAAUGAAAUUUGUAAAUGAAGCCGAUUCUGAUGCCAAUAUAUUUCAAAGUUCCAUGGUUCCGCUUCAGCUAGUUUACGGACCAGAGAGAAAGAUCUUGUGGCAAAACCCUAAACCGUCUUCGCCACGGUAUUGUCGCCCAAUUAGAAUAAGGUUCGUCAAAGAAACAACCGAUAUAACCAACGAGGAAAUAGCAAUUAUCAAAACCCAAAUUUCAGAGCUAACUAAAACCCGAGUUAAUGAUUUUAGUAUCGGGCAUAAAUUGCUUUUCACCAUGGUGGAUGGCAAGGUUUGCAAUGCAGCGACGCACACAAAAUCAACCAUGAGGUGCUAUUUAUGUGGCGCCACGUCAGCAGUUUAACAACUUGGACAAUAUGAUGCCAUGUAAAAAAGAGAACAUGGAGUUCGGGUUGUCAUUAUUACAUGCUCGCAUCCGAUUUUUUGAGAGCAUGUUGCACGUGGCUUAUAAGCUACCAGUAAAAAAAUGGAACGUACGUCUUACAGCUGAAGAAACAGAUUUAGUGCAACGUAAGAAAAAAGAAAUUCAGGAUAAGUUCCGGGAGCAACUUGGUUUGUUGGUGGACAUACCAAAAGCCAAUUUGGGCAACACCAUUGAUGGGAAUACCAGUAGGCGUUUUUUUGAUAACUAUGAAAUAUCGGCGAACAUCACUGGUAUAGAUCAAAAUUUAAUCUACCGAUUAAAAAUUAUAUUAGAUACAUUAUGUUCCGGUUUGCAAAUUAACGUAGAAGCAUUUAAAAUAUACUGCGACGAGACUGCAAAGCUUUACGUUUCAUUAUAUAAGUUUUACCCCAUGUCCCCAACUUUACAUAAAGUUUUACGUCAUGGAGCUGAAGUCGUAGCUGAAGCUAUUCUCCCAAUUGGACAGUUAUCGGAAGAAGCGGCAGAAGCCAGGAAUAAGCAUAUAAGGAUGUUCCGCCUCGACCACUCUCGGAAAUUUUCACGCGUCGAAUGCAAUGCUGAUGUGUUAAACAGGCUUCUUUUAACCUCGGACCCUUUUUUGGCGGGCCUAAGAAAGAGAAAGAACAAAAAAAAGACUGCGUUUUCACCUGAUGUGUUAGGCUUAUUGUUAGAAAGUAAUAAUUUUAAUAUAAGUUUUGAUGAUGAUAAUGAUGACGAAGUAAUUGAUGAAUAAAUUAACUUUUCCUAUUACAAAUGAUUUUUAUUUUAUUUAUUUUGGCUAGUAUUGCAUAAAUACACUAUUUACCGGUCAUUUAAAGAAUAAAAUAUUUUUGACCAACUUUUAAGACCAAAUACCAGUCUGU